GUGUGCUUAAUGUACGUUAGUGUGUGGAUACCAUAUCACAGAGCCUCUUGGCAAUCCGGGGAACCCCCACACGACUUGUGUGGGGUGGUAGAGCUAGGAUUCCCCAGAACCAGAUUGUAUUAGCUUUUUCCCCGCAUCAGAAAGCGUAUCGUCUAGGGUCCUGGUUACUGUGCGGUGGCCCAUAAGCAUGAUAAGUGGCCUUCCCCGUUCCUGCUGCUCUAGCUGUUGGGCAAGCUCAGCAAACAGCUCGUCAAACUCCUUUCGUCCUAACUUACAGUGAUCCCUUAGCCGUCUAGCCACCAACUUAUACUAGAAAAGCAGAGACAGGAGGAGUAUAGGUUACCAAAGGGGCCCAUCGUACCUCAACCAGCCGACGUCAUCGACCACCACCACCAUGUCGGGAGCGACAACCCGCCUCAAGAAGCUACUAGGCCAUCUCAUCUCGACGCCGUCAACGCCCGCACCACCGGGCCAGGAGUAUGUGCACAGCUAUCACAUCCACCAGCUCUCGCCCACCAUCUUCCUGGAGCGCGCGGCGGCCAUUGAACCCGAUGCGCUGGCCAUCUACCACGUGACGGCCAACAAUCGGGUCCUGAGGAGAUCGUACAUGGAAUUUGCAGACCGCGCGAGGGGUCUGGCAUAUUUCUUGCUCAAACGAGGGUACAGGAGGGUGGGCGUGCUGGCUACGAAUACGCCAGCGUUUCUGGAGUCCAUAUUUGGGGUUGUGGCGGCUGGAGGGGUUAUUGUGCCUGCGAAUUAUCGGUUGAAACCGGAUGAUAUUACUUAUAUCUUUGACUUUGCCGAGGUGGAUUCCAUCAUUGUGGAUCAUGAGUUUGUCCCUCUGUUGGAUGAAUUCAAGAAGUUGCAUCCUAAUGUGCCGUUUAUAAUUGACAAUGACACCGAUGCAACUGAAGGCGAGCUCUGUGGUCCGUUCGACGAUGCUGUUCUUGAGGGGUUAAACUACGACAUUGCUCAAGGACGCAAAGGUUGGGCGGGAUUGCACUCGCAGGCCUCGGACGAGGAUGACAUGAUGGCGAUUCCGUUCACUUCGGGAACUACGUCUCGUCCCAAAGGUGUUGUGAUGACGCACAGGGGCGCGUAUCUGGCCAGCCUGGCGAACAUUAUUGAGUCCGGGUUGAACUACGACUUUGGGAGGUGUAGAUACUUAUGGACGCUUCCCCUAUUCCAUGCCUUGGGAUGGACGUUUCCCUGGUCAGUAACGGCCGUCAGGGGCACCCAUUACUGCCUUAGAAAGAUCGACUACCCUUUAAUAUGGAAACUCUUGAAAGAAGAAAAGAUCACUCACUUCAAUGCAGCACCGACUGUCAAUACUCUGCUCUGUGCUGCCAAGGAGGCCGAGAGGCUACCUGAGACGGUGCGAGUCACAGUGGCGGCCAGUCCUCCAACAGCGCAUCUGUUCAAAACAAUGACUGAUCUCAACCUCCGCCCCGUCCACGUCUACGGCAUGACCGAGACCUACGGGCCCAUCACCAAGGGUUAUCCCAUACCCGAAUGGGACAACCUCCCCGAGGCCGAAAAAUACGCCAAGAUGGCCCGGCAAGGGCACGGUUUCGUCGCUUCUCUGCCCAUCCGAGUCAUCAAGCCGGAUCAGCCGGACGGAGUGCUCAUCGAUGUGGCCAGGGAUGGGAAGGAAACCGGCGAGAUUGUUUUCUUUGGCAAUAUCUGUUGCAAGGGUUAUUACAAGGACCCCGAGGCUACGCGUAAGUUAUUCGCCGGCGGAGCACUUCACUCGGGCGAUUUGGCUGUUUGGCAUCGGGAUGGGAGCGCGCAGAUUCAGGAUAGGGCGAAAGAUAUCAUCAUCAGCGGUGGCGAGAACAUCUCCUCCGUCGCACUGGAAAGCAUGCUAGUUCAGCACCCGGACGUCUUGGAAGCUGGUGUUGUGGCGGUGCCCGACUCGCACUGGGGCGAACGUCCCAAAGCCUACCUGACGGUCAAGGAGGGGAAGAAGAACUUGGAUCCGCAGGAGGUGAUUCAGUGGGCCAAGAAUCAGAACAGAAUUAGCAGGUUCAUGGUUCCGAGGGAGGUGGAGAUUAUUGAGGAAUUGCCUAAAACAAGUACGGGGAAGAUUCAGAAAACUGUGUUGAGGGAGUGGGUGAAGAAGGGGGUACCGGAUACGUCUUCCUGAUGGCUGGUGCUAUAGUGACCCUCAAUAAGCCUGUGUCUGGCCCCACGCCCCGAUUGAAAAAACAGAAUAACACACAACAACACGACUUUUAUUUUAGUACGCUUCAACUGCCGCGAUUCGCGAUGGAUUUGCGAUAUUCUACCCCCAAAAUGAGCGCAAAUCACGGCGCUAUUUACGAGUUCCC